AGGAGGCGAGUCCGCCAGGGGGAGGGAGGGUGGAGCGGCGGCGUCGCCGGGGGCAUCUCCGCCACCCUCCCCGGGAAGGAGCCCCUGGCCGUGGCCCCCGCGCCCGCACCCCCUGGAAUGAUGAAGAAGAACAAUUCCACCAAGAGGGGGCCGCAGGAUGGCAAUCAUCAGUCCGCGCUGCCUGAGAAGGUCGGCUGGGUCCGGAAAUUCUGCGGGAAAGGGAUUUUCAGGGAGAUUUGGAAAAACCGCUAUGUGGUGCUGAAAGGGGACCAGCUCUACAUCUCUGAGAAGGAGGUGAAAGAUGAGAAAAAUAUUCAGGAGGUGUUCGACCUGAGUGACUAUGAAAAGUGUGAAGAGCUCCGGAAAUCCAAGAGCAGGAGCAAGAAAAAUCAUAGCAAGUUCACUCUCGCCCACUCCAAGCAGCCGGGCAACACGGCACCCAACCUGAUCUUCCUGGCAGUGAGUCCAGAAGAGAAGGAAUCAUGGAUCAAUGCCCUCAACUCUGCUAUCACCCGGGCCAAGAACCGCAUCUUGGAUGAGGUCACCGUUGAAGAGGACAGCUAUCUCGCCCACCCCACUCGAGACAGGGCAAAAAUCCAACACUCCCGCCGCCCCCCAACUCGGGGACACCUAAUGGCCGUGGCUUCGACCUCUACCUCGGAUGGGAUGCUGACCUUGGACCUGAUUCAGGAGGAAGACUCUUCGCCUGAAGAACCAACCUCUUGUGCCGAGAGCUUUCGGGUUGACCUGGACAAGUCAGUGGCCCAGCUCGCAAGCAGCCGGCGGAGGGCAGACUCAGACCGUAUUCAGCCCUCCUCAGAUCGGGCAAGCAGCUUUCCCCGACCUUGGGAAAGGCCAGACAAGGGGGCCACCUACACCCCCCAGGCACCCAAGAAGUUGACCCCCACGGAGAAAGGCCGCUGUGCCUCCAUGGAGGAGAUUCUGUCUCAGCGGGACACUGCCCCAGCCUGCGCCCUCCCCCUGCGGGCCGAGGACCCCCCAUCCCUCAUCGCACCCCACCCGGGGCAGCUGUCCCGGAUCCAGGACCUGGUGGCAAGGAAACUGGAGAAGACUCAGGAGCUGCUGGCAGAGGUUCAGGGACUGGGAGAUGGGAAGCGAAAGGCCAAGGACCCCCCUCGGUCUCCUUCCAAUUCUGAGUCAGAGCAGCUGCUGCAGGAGACAGAGCGGCUGCUGGGAGAGGCGUCAUCAAAUUGGAGCCAGGCGAAGAGGGUGCUGCAGGAAGUCAGGGAGCUGAGGGACCUGUACAGACAGAUGGACCUGCAGACCCCUGACUCCCACCUCAGGCAGACCGUUCAGCACAGUCAGUACCGGAAGAGCCUCAUGUGAAGGAAGGGGACAGGGUCUGGAACUCUGGAGGGCGGGGCCCAGACUUAUCUCCAAGUGUUGCAGGAUAAAUCUUUUUUAUUUACCUCAGUUAAAAAAAAGAAAACAAAAA